ACGUAGUUCUCUGCACGUUUCAUUUUUCUCCGAAAAAACAUGAAAACAUUUGAAUGAACAAAAAAUUUCAUGCCAAAAUCUGACCCAACAAAAAAAAAAUUAUCCAAAAUUUUCAUCACAGAAAGACUCCCCUUCUUGAAACCUUUGCAAAUUUCUUCACUUUUUUCUGUAAUUUUUUUGCAAAGGGCACCAAAGGGUGGUGGGUGUUUGUUUUUUUUUAAAACAAAAUUCCAAUUUUUAUGUGUAAAGAUUGAAUCUUUAUGUAGGUAGGUCAAAUUAUAUUCAAGAAAAAACCACAAGGCUUUCUGUUUUUUUUUGUUUUUUUUUCAUAUUCUUGAAAAAAGGCACAUAUAUCAGAUGAAAUGAAAAAGGAGAAAUUAUGGGAUUGCAAGAUUGAUUGUACAAUCAAUGGGUGUGGGAAGGUUCAGCUCUGUAAUUACUUUUAUUGCUUUUUUUUGUGUUUUGGCAGCUAAUUGUUCAAAAGGGAAUCGAAAGCUUCCUCAAAACUGUGUAGACAAUGGAAGUGUUCAAUAUAUAGAUGGACAUACGGCUGAGCAAAUAUGGGUUCAUUGCAUAGAACCAUCACACAAGAAUACGGAAACUGCAAACUUUCUGGAUUUGUCUCUUUAUCAGGCAGCAACAGGAGCUUAUACUUACUUAAAAUCAGAUAUACCUUUGUUGAGAAAAAGAAUCUUACAAAAGGCUAUUAGUGAUCUGCCUCCUGAAGUAAAGCAGAUCCUUCUGGAGUGCUUAAAAAGGAAAAGUCUUCCUCUUCAUGGUUCGGGUAGUGAGGCUGCAUCCAUUGCUUGGUUCAUCAAGUACCAAAAGCUUUUCUCAGAAUGGUCGUCCAGUGUUCCCAGAAGGCACCUAAGAGAAAGAAAGCUUGAAGAUGAGUCAAAAGAUGAUGUUGAAGUUCCAUUCCUUGAACCACCUCCAGGUGAUGAAGCAGUAUCACCAACUCCUGCUCCAGUGCCCUCUUCUGAAGCGCCCACGGAACCUCCUGCAGAGGCUCCAACACCUCAGGCUCCUGUCGUUCCUCCUGCAAAGGCACCAACUCCUCCGACCCAUGGCUCUGCUCCUGCAAAGGCUCCAACAACCAGGACUCGUGUCAACGCCCCUGCAAUGACUCCAACACCUCCUACUCAUGUCAACUCUUCUAAACCUUUGCCUGUCACUCAUCCUCCGGCUAAACCAAAAAAUAAUGGAACUAAUGCUUCAGAAAAUAAUAAUCAGAACAGAACUUAUAUGAUUGCUGCUGUUUCUGGAGGUGUCGCGGUAGGAAUUGCCCUUUUAGCUCUGUUAUUAAUACUGUGUCUUAUAAAAAGUAAAAAGAAAGAAACAGGUCCACAGCAUGGUAAAAGAGAUGAGAAACCUCUUCUUAACCUCUGUUCAGAUUCUUCUCAGAAGUCUUCAAGCAUAGGAAGCUCAAUCAAGAAAGAUUUUAAGAGUUCUUCAACUGCAAAUAAUCUUUCGGUGCCAGCUAAUUCUCAUAAUCAUUCAGAGUCAGAAGCUAAAACAGAUGCACCAGUAAAUGCAUUACCACUUCCUCCAGGAAAAUCUGCACCUCCACCCCCUGAAGCACCACCUCCUCCUCCUCCUAAACCACCGGCUCCAAUGCCACCUCCACCUCCAAAAGCUGUUCGGCCUCCUCCUAAUCCACCAAAGCUUGGUAAUCCGCCAAAGCCUUUACCCCUUGGAGCACAUCGGAGACGAAGUUCUUCUGCUGGCGAGGGAACUGAACCAUCUGAUGACCCUGAUGGUCAAAAGGCAAAAUUAAAGCCAUUUUUCUGGGACAAGGUUCUUGCUAAUCCUGAUCACUCCAUGGUUUGGCACGACAUCAAAGCUGGCUCAUUCCAGUUUAAUGAGGAGAUGAUGGAAUCGUUGUUUGGGUAUAAUGCAGCAAAUGCAGGCAAAAAUGAUGGCGCGAAAGCUACAUCGUCUUUUGAAGCUACCCCACAGUAUAUUCAGAUAAUUGAUGCUAAGAAAUCACAAAAUCUAGCAAUUGUUCUUAAAGCCUUAAACGUGACGACAGAAGAAGUUUGUGAUGCUCUCAAGGAGGGUAAUAAACUGUCUCCUGAACUUAUUCAAACUAUAUCAAAGUUGGCACCAACAACAGAUGAAGAACUCAAACUUAGAUUAUAUUGCGGGGAAAUUUCUCAGCUUGGUCCUGCUGAAAGGUUUCUCAAAUCCCUGGUUGAAAUUCCCUUUGCCUUCAAACGGAUGGAUGCAUUGUUGCUCAUGAGUUCUCUUCAGGAAGAAGUUACUUCCAUUAAAGAGUCCUUUGAAACAUUAGAGGUGGCAUGCCAGGAGCUGAAAAACAGUAGACUCUUCCUGAAACUUCUAGAAGCAGUUCUUAAAACUGGGAACCGCAUGAACGAUGGCACCUACCGUGGUGGUGCACAGGCAUUCAAGCUUGAUACGCUGUUGAAACUCUCAGAUGUUAAAGGAACUGAUGGAAAGACCACACUUCUGAACUUUGUUGUUCAGGAAAUUAUCCGAUCAGAAGGAUUAAGAGCAGCACGCAAGUUAAGGGAGAGCGAAAGCUUGUCAGGUCUAACACCAGAAGAUCUUGCAGAGGAUGUUUCUCGUGACUCAGUUGAUUACCAUCGUAACCUUGGUCUCCAGGUGGUUUCUGGUCUAAGCAACGAGCUUGAGAAUGUAAGAAAAGCAGCACUUAUAGAUGGUGAGAAUUUAACUGCAUCUGUCUCCAAACUUGGGAGGUCACUAGUGAAAACCAAAGGGUUCUUAGACACUGACAUGAAAAGUUUGGACGAGGACAGUAAGUUCCGCGAUACACUCACAAAUUUUAUGCAAAAUGCGGACGAUGAGAUCAAGUGGAUACUAGAAGAAGAGAAAAGGAUAAUGGCUUUGGUGAAGAGUACAGGAGACUACUUCCAUGGAACUGCAGGGAAGGACGAAGGCUUGCGUCUCUUCAUCACUGUUCGCGAUUUCUUAGUUAUGUUGGAUAAAUCAUGUACAUUAUUGAGAAAAUCCACCAAGAUGCCGGCAAACACCUCUAGAAAAGGAGCAUUAACGGUAUCACCUUCUCAGGAAGCCCGUCCAGAUUCUUUGCCGGAGGUUCAUCAACGACUAUUUCCUGCAAUCCAGGAGCGACGGAUGGAUGAUGAUUUUAGUUCAUCAGAUGAUGAGAGCUCAUCCAAAUAGCUUAUUUUUGUGAUGCUCUUCAAAAAAUAUAUAAGACUUGUUGUUUUGUAGUCACCAUUUUUUCAUAAAGAUCCAAUAUAAAUACCAUUUUUUGUUUGGCUUUGUGAGAUGGCAAAAGUUACUAAAGUCUUUUGUAUAUAUGGUCAACCCCAAAUACUAAAGUCUCUUCUGUAUUAUAUAUAUGAUUUUUUUCUAGUAUAAAGGUGAGAGACUUGAGUAA